CGGUGGCGCGGCCAGGCGGGUCCCGGGGAUACGGUUUGCAGGCUAGCGAGCGCAGGAGGACCCGGCGCGGCCGCCCGGCUGGCCCGGCAGCCACUCUCCGAAAGGCGCGGCCCGUACUGAUCGCCCACCGACUGGGUCGGCGGAGACGCGGGGCGGGCAAAGGGGAGGACCGCCCGCGAGUCGUCCCUGCCGGGCUGGAGUACCGCGCCGCCGGGACCGUAGGGCAGCCUCUGGAAGCCCGGGAGGCCGAGGACCCCGGAAGGAGGAUGCCUGCGGAUCGCUGCAGCCCGAGACUGUAUUUCCUGUAAGUCCUAAUCAAGCAAUACAAAUGUGCUGCAAUGGUGACAUAAACUAUUGACUGAGACUGGGAAAAGAGCUGUAACACCAUCUUUUAUUUUACUUUUUAAAUGGUGCUUCUGUUGGAAUAGUCAAGGAAAAUCUAUACAGCAUGAGUUUUAUCAUGAAGCUUCACAGACACUUUCAAAGGACAGUUAUUUUGCUUGCCACUUUCUGUAUGGUGAGCAUUAUUAUUUCUGCUUACUACCUGUACAGCGGCUACAAACAGGAAAAUGAACUCUCUGAAGUGACUUCAGAAGUGGACUGCAGUGACCUCCAACACCUCCCGUAUAGGCUUACAGAAGUGAAGACAAUGAAGCUUUUUGAUGCCUCAAGGACAGAUCCCAUAGUCCUUGUGUUUGUGGAGAGCCAAUACUCAUCCCUUGGUCAAGACAUCAUUAUGAUUCUCGAAUCAAGUAGAUUCCAAUAUCACAUAGAAAUUGCUGCUGGAAAAGGAGAUCUCCCAGCACUUACAGAUAAAACUAAAGGCAAAUAUGUUCUCAUUAUUUAUGAGAAUAUUUUAAAAUACAUAAAUAUGGACUCUUGGAAUCGAAGCCUUUUAGAUAAAUACUGUGUAGAGUAUGGUGUGGGUGUCAUUGGAUUCCAUAGAACUAGUGAGAAGAGUCUUCAGAGCUUUCAGUUAAAAGGUUUCCCAUUUUCUAUAUAUGGAAACCUUGCAGUGAAAGAUUGUUGUAUUAAUCCUCAUUCUCCAUUGCUUCGUGUGACCAAAUCAUCUAAGCUUGAAAAGGGUUCUUUACCUGGAACUGACUGGACUGUUUUUCAAAUUAAUCACUCAGCCUACCAACCAGUAAUAUUUGCUAAAGUAAAGACCCCAGAAAAUCUUUCUCCUCCCAUUUCUAAAGGUGCUUUUUUUGCCACUAUCAUACAUGACUUGGGGGUUCAUGAUGGAAUUCAGAGAGUUCUUUUUGGCAACAACUUGAACUUUUGGCUGCACAAGCUCAUCUUCAUAGAUGCCAUCUCCUUCUUGUCAGGGAAGAAGCUGGCACUGUCUUUGGACAGGUAUAUUCUCGUUGACAUUGAUGAUAUAUUUGUGGGAAAGGAGGGAACCAGAAUGAACACCAACGAUGUUAAGGCUCUGCUUGAGACUCAGAAUCUUUUGCGUGAACAAAUCACAAAUUUUACAUUCAACUUGGGAUUUUCAGGGAAAUUUUACCACACAGGAACUGAAGAGGAAGAUGAAGGGGAUGACUGUCUUUUGGGAUCUGUUGAUGAGUUUUGGUGGUUUCCUCAUAUGUGGAGUCAUAUGCAGCCCCACCUCUUCCAUAAUGAGUCAUCUUUGGUGGAGCAAAUGAUUCUCAACAAAAAAUUUGCCUUGUUGAAAACAUUCCUUCUUUUGUUUCACCUGAAUAAAUCUCAGCAAUUAAAAACAUAUCAACCUGUGGAGCAUGGCAUUCCUACUGACAUGGGCUAUGCAGUGUCCCCUCAUCAUUCAGGUGUCUACCCUGUACAUGUACAGCUUUAUGAGGCCUGGAAGAAGGUUUGGAAUAUUAAAAUCACCAGCACUGAAGAAUAUCCACAUCUAAAACCAGCUAGAUAUCGGAGGGGCUUCAUCCACAAAAACAUCAUGGUUCUUCCAAGACAGACCUGUGGACUUUUCACUCAUACUAUUUUCUACAAAGAAUAUCCAGGAGGUCCUAAAGAAUUGGAUAAGAGUAUUCAAGGAGGGGAACUGUUCUUCACUGUGGUACUCAACCCAAUCAGUAUUUUCAUGACUCAUUUGUCCAACUAUGGGAAUGACCGACUGGGAUUAUAUACAUUUGUUAAUCUGGCCAACUUCAUGCAAACCUGGACCAACCUUCGUCUUCAGACUCUGCCACCAGUGCAGCUGGCUCACAAAUAUUUUGAACUCUUUCCUGAUCAGAAAGACCCUCUUUGGCAGAAUCCUUGUGAUGACAAACGCCACAGAGACAUAUGGUCUAAAGAAAAAACCUGUGAUCGCUUACCUAAAUUCUUGGUAAUAGGACCCCAGAAAACUGGUACCACUGCUUUGUUUUUGUUCCUGGUUAUGCAUCCUUCCAUCCUUAGCAACUCCCCCAGCCCAAAAACCUUUGAGGAGGUACAGUUCUUUAAUAGAAAUAACUACCACAGGGGGAUUGAUUGGUAUAUGGAUUUCUUCCCUGUUCCAUCUAAUGUUACUACUGACUUGCUGUUUGAGAAAAGUGCCAAUUACUUCCACUCAGAAGAAGCUCCUAAAAGAGCUGCAUCCCUGGUCCCCAAAGCCAAGAUCAUCACCAUUCUCAUUGACCCAUCAGACCGAGCAUACUCCUGGUACCAGCAUCAGCGAUCACAUGAAGACCCUGCAGCUCUGAAGUUUAGCUUCUACGAAGUAAUCUCAGCCGGGUCCCGUGCACCCAUGGAGCUUAAAACCUUGCAGAAGAGAUGUUUGGUCCCUGGGUGGUAUGCCAGCCACAUUGAGAGAUGGCUUGUUUAUUUCCCCCCUUUUCAGUUGCUAAUUAUCGAUGGGCAACAACUAAGAACUGAUCCUGCUACAGUGAUGGAUGAAGUACAGAAGUUUCUAGGAGUCUCUCCUCAUUAUAAUUACUCAGAAGCUUUAACGUUUGAUUCUCAUAAAGGUUUCUGGUGUCAGUUGCUGGAAGAAGGCAAAACAAAAUGCCUUGGAAAGAGUAAAGGAAGAAAAUAUCCACCAAUGGAUUCUGAUAGCAGAGCAUUUCUGUCAAGCUACUAUCGGGAUCACAAUGUGGAGCUUUCAAAGCUGCUGCACAAACUGGGGCAACCUCUCCCAUCCUGGCUGAGACAGGAACUGCAGAAAGUGAGAUAGCAUUGAGAGAAAAUAUGUUGAGGAUUCAUCUUUUCCAAAGUUUCCAGAAGCUACCAAAAGGCUGUCAAAAAUAUACCUCUUCAAAUAAGAAGAAAGGACAAGACUCCUUCCAUGUGCUGGCAUGUGGAUUACUAGAGGAAAAAAAAAAAAAAGGACUAGAAAAAGUAUCUGAUACAAGCCUUGAGGUCUAUGGCCUUCUGCUUAACCCUCAUCUGAGCCUGUGAGAUUGUUGUAGACUACUUACUGUGCACUCAUGUGUAAGUCAAUAGCAACCAACAUAAAUGACAAACACAAAUGCAAAACUGUUCCAUUUCAUAUUAAUAUUUACGCUUUUAUAUGUCAGCUAAGAUUGUGUCUAUAGAUUUUUAGACCACUGUUUGCCUGUAUAAUGUUUUCUUAAAUUCUUCAAUUCUAUGAAGCACCCUUCAAAACAAGCACCAAAAUAAACAUCACAAUAUAACAUAAAAUUCCAGAAGCAUAACACAUGAAAAAUGCUUGCCAAAACUUAAAUCCACUAAAGUAUUUAGAAAGAAUUGUGAAAUAUAAUUUGUGCUAGAUCAGAGAGUGGAAAAGUUAUACAUGUGCUUUAUCUGCAUAGAAAAGAGAAGUGCUGUAGCAAAAAUGAUUUUUCAUAUAUAUAGUCUAGUUCAUUUAUGUAAAAAUUACUAACUCUUCCACCAUAAGGUAAUAUAUAUUGCAAACUUGUUGGAUGAAUCAUAGAAACACACUGAAUAUAGCAAAACAAUAAAUGAUAAUGUAAGUGUACUGACCAAAUUCUCUAAAAGGGAGAAAGGAUAUAUCUAAAGAUAUAUCAUUGAGAACUCUAUGCCCACUUGCUGUAUGCUCCAGAUCUAUUCCAACAGUCCUCUCUAGUUCUACAGAAAUGCAUGCAGAGUGUCUGAGGUAUGUUUCAUCUCUGGUAAUAGACCAUCUUUUGAUAUGAAUAACUUAGUUAUAUUCCCUAGAAUAAAACCUGACAAAUUAAAACUAAGGACAGUUUCCCUAGAUGAUGUGUUCAGACUUUUUACACUAAUAUUAUUAAAAAGCCACUUUUUUCCUGGUAGUCAAAAAUAAAAUUGUAUAAUGUGCAGAUUUAUAAUAAAAGCAAAAAUAUGUGAUUUGUAAUCUGAUGUUUGAAAUGACACUUGUGAUACAAUGCAGAGAAAAAUAAGCAGAAUAAAAUCCCAUUUUGAAACUAUUUCAUAUAUCAUUGUCAUAGAACAUAACAGAACACAGUUAAAUUUAUGGAUAGCUACAAAAUUAAAUGCAGGAAGUACAAAGAUGAGGGUGACCUGACUCUUGAAGUAUAUUUACAUUUAUAUUUUAAAAAUGAAAAAUAUUCUUAAUAAAAUAUUCAAAACAGAAAAAAAAUUUAAAAUAAAUCAACUUAUUUUCUUAUGUUACUAUUUACUUAAAUUUUAGAUGUACUUGACACAUGCAUAAAAUUUAAAUAGUAAAUAAAUUCCCUGCUAUGAUUACAUGUCUUUAUCAAAAAUUCUUAAAGGUAUGAUUAGAAAAAAAUAUAUUCAAGGAAAAUCUAUAGCCUACUAUUUUCAUUUCAUUGUCACUGUAAUGUGUAAAAUUAAUUCUGUGAAUAAUUUAGAAAAGUUUGAUCCUUACACACUAAAUUUUUAAUGUACAUUAUAAUUAUUAAUUACAUUUUUUGAGGUUUUAUGUACCCCCAAAAUACAUUAAUUUUUAAAUAACUUGGGGGCAAAACAAUUUUAAGACCCCUAAGUAAAAAGCAAAAGCAAAAUCAUUUAGAUAAACAUGAUAAAUUCAGUCUUCAUGCUUACCACAUUGACUCUUUUGAAGCAACACAUGCCAAACAUGCUAAAAAAAUUAUCAUGGUCUUUCAUCUCCAUUAAUUUAAGAAAACUGACCUAAGAAGGACAGUGAGAGGAGGCUGCAGCAGGACAUAUAGUGUCAUGUUUUCAAUUGUCAACAGUUAUGCUGAUAAAAGAAAAACAAAGGAAAGCUGAUACACAUAUGCUUUAAAUAUGAGAUGUACAUUUGAACUUCGAAGUAAGAUGUCAAUGGUAUUCUUUUGUCGAGGUAAAUUGAGUUGACCGAACAACUUACCCUUUAAAAUGAUUGUUAGGGCUGGGGAUAUAGCUCAGUUGGUAGAGUGCUUGCCUCCUAAGCACAAGGCCCUGGGUUCAAUCCCCAGUACUGCCAAAAAAAAAAAAAAAAAAAAAAAACAAAAAAAAAACCUGGUAAAAUGAUUGUUAAAAACAUACUCAAUGCCUGUAUAGUGAAAGGAGAAAGGGAAGAUAGAGUACCAAAAUCAACUCUAUCACAAGUACGGAGUUUGAUGCUAUGUACAGCUGCAAGUGUUUGAAAGGAUUUUUGAGCACUCAGUGUGUCUGGAAUACAGCAUCAAAUUCUAGAGGAUGGGCAUACUUUCUACACUGGAUAAUCCAGUUGGUCAUGCUAUUCUGAAAAUAACAUAAAUACACAUGAGAAAAGAAUGGGAGAGAACAUGAUUUUUAAAAAAGUGGCUUUGUAUAGAAUUCCCUUUUUCAUUGCUUAAAAUAUGAAACUUCCUCAGGAAGAUAUGAAAUGGUUAUUUCCAUGUUUAUAGCUAUAAUAUUCUUGUCAUUCACAUUGAAUGAAAAUUAUUGGAAACAUUUUUUUUUCUCUGAGUUUUUUAAAAGAAAAAACUGAAUAUAACUCUGAUAGUGGCAUGGUACCUCAUGUAAAACAAUAAACUCUGAUAAGAAAAUGAUUUUGGGACUGGUGAUUUUAGGAAAUAAGUAGGUACUUGAUAAUUUUGCCUGGGGACAGUGGGAUGUGGUUAUAGAACAUAGAUACCACUAACAUUAUUUAAAAUAGAGAUGGAUGAAAUGCUUCUGAGUAGGGAAUAAGUAAAAAUUUGUAUAUAACUUUUCCAAAUUCUCCUAAAUUCAGUGUUAUUUGUUGUGAUUUUUUUUCUUUUUAGUUCUAUCAGAUAUAAAGCAACUCCUACAUCACUUUUGGAACUCUGGAAUAAAAGAAUAAGAUAAUCAUACAGCUGUUGCUUCAGAGACUUAAGAACCCUUGUGAUUGUAGAAUUUCUGACUCCCAGUACUCUUUUCUGCUUUCCACAAAUGGACCCCUUUAUUUCUUUAAAGCUUUAAAAGGUGUUAGCUAGUCUUUCCUUUAUAAAAAUAUAGAAAACAUCAUGUGGGGUAAGCCAGACUCAGAAAGUCAAAGGUAAUAUGUUUUCUCUAAUCUGUGGAAGCUAGAGAGAGAGAGAGAGAGAGAGAGAGAGAGAGAGAGAGAGAGAGGGAAAAGGGACAUCAGGAAAACAGAAAUGAGACACAUUGAGUAGAGAAAGAGGAUCAAAGGCAGGGAAAGGGAAAAGGAAGGGGAAAGGAAGGGGAGGUAUUGGGGAAUGAAAUAGACUAAUUUUUGCCAUCUGCAUAGCAAAUAUAUCACGAUGAAUCCCACUAUUAUGUAUAAUUGGAAUGCACUAAUAAUUAAAAAAUAGUAACAAAAUAGCACCAUAUCUAUUUAAAAAAUCUAGAAAAAAGUCUCUGAACAAAUGGAUGUGGAGCUAAAUGUCUAUCUUCAUUUCCACAUUUUUCUCUAUUACAAUCCCUUUCUCUUCUAGAUGUCAAAUUUCCUCAUGUUGCAACUCACCUUAUUUUCAUGUAGCAAGUACCCCCCCACCUCUCUCCCUCCUUCGCUCCCUCCUUCCCUCCUUAUAUCCCUCCCUCUCUCUUUCUCACACACACACACACACACACACACAUACACACACACACACACACACACACACACACACACACACACACCAUAUACACAUAUCUCUUAUCUGGAAUACAUCUGAGUUCCAAUUUUCUUCCCAAAUAUGCCAUCCGGUGUUCCAUCUACUCUAGAACCAGUCUCAGUACUAGCUAAUAAACCAAUACAUCAAUAUUAGUGACUUAACAAUGGCAUAUUAUGCUUCCCAGAGAUAUCAGCCGUGCAUUUUCUAGAAGAUACAUUUUAAGCCCUAAGGAAUGACUUACAAAUGAGAGGCACUGAACCGGUUAAAUAUUUUGAUUUGAAGGUAUCUUCAUAACUUAAAAUUACACUGUUUAGCUAAAUUCUAAUCUGCCAAAGUUCUAUUCUGCUUGAUGAUUAUCAACAAUUUAGCUGUUCCUUCUUCUUUCCCAUUCUUCACACCUCUCAGCCCCCCAAACACAAACACUCAUAUCCAAACAGUUAGCAGUCAUGGAGCAAAUCAAAUACUCUGUGGUUCAUAGUCUUUAAAAAAUUAUUUCUGGGUUGGCUUGGAAUAUUCACCAUCUUUUCACUUAAAUUCACAAGAACUGACAAACUUUUAUAAGAUCAAACUAUGAAUUUGAUCUUUGAGGAUGAAGACUAAAGGCAGUGUAAUAGUCAAUCCUAGGUCAGUUUGACUGAGCCAGAUCAAAUUUUAUUACUAGGCAUGUCUAGGAGGUUGUUUGUGGAUGAAAUUAAUAUUUACAUGGCUGAACUCAGUGGAUUAUCUCCCCCAAAUCAAGUAGGCAUUGUCCAACCCUUUGAGGUCCUGGAUGGAGCAAAAGGUAGAAGAGAAAAGAAUGCUCCUGUCUUUAGCUCUCUGACAUCCUCUCUUUUCCUUCAGAUGGAUUCAAAUCGGUGACUCCCCUGGUUCUCAGGCCUUCAGUUUCAGAUUGAAUUACACUACCAACUUCACCCACUCUCCAGCGUUCAGACAGGAAAUCAUGGGACAUUUCAGCAUGUAUAAGCAUGUGAGCCAAUUCCUCAUAAUAAAUCAGAUAGAGAUGAUGGAUAGAUAGGUAGAUAGAUAGAUAGAUGAUAGAUAAAUAGAUGAUAGAAUAUUUAGAUUACAGAAGAUAGGUAGAUAGAUAAGCAGACAGAUAUGGAGGGCCUAUCGUUUUUGUUUCUCUGGAGAACCCUAAGAUACACAGUGUACUACUGAUUUCUUUGAUUCCAUCCCAAAGAAUAUCUAGAAUUGGCCCAGGGUACCAAACAGAAUUGGGGCUGCUUCUUCCCAUCCAGGGCUACAACUACUACCUUUGAUGCACAUGAUUUUUUGUUUACACUUUUUUUAUUAAUUUUUUAAUCUUUUGUAAUUAGUUACACAUGACAGUAGAAUGCUCCUGAUUUUUGUCCAUGUGAAUUCUCUCUAUAUGUCACUGAUCUUGAUAAAUGAUAGAGUCAAAUUGUUCACUUAUUUAUUAGUAUAUUAAAUAAAUCUUCCCUUGUACCAUCUUCCAUUAAUCCUGUACCUAACCAAGAUUUGAAUAUUUAUUACUUCUUGGUCUAUUCUUAAAAGUUAUGAAUAUAAAGAUUUAUAAAUCACUAAAAUUAGAACUAGCCAUAUAUCGACCAUAUCCUUUGGCAAAUCUCUUAGAUACAAAGGAACCAUGAAUAGAGUCAAUAAGUAAGAAAAUAUUCACUUGUCAGAUUCAAGUGAAAUAUCUCAGCACAUCAGUCACAGUUCUCAAAAUAAAUAACACCAAUAGAAAUGUAAGUGUGUGUGUGUUUAUGUAUAAAAAUAUUAAAAAAAUACAUAUAUACACACAGAGACAUAUAUAUAUGUAUGUAUGUUUUCUUUUAUAUAAGAUUCAUUAUAAGUUAUUGGAUUAAGUGACUUUGAAAGUGAUAAGUUCCACAAUCUGCUGUCUGUACUCUGGAGACCCAGGAAAGCUAGAAGUGUAAUUGAAAGACCUGAGAGUUAGAAAACCAAUGGUAUAGAUUUUUGUUUGGGUUUAAAGAACUAUGUAAGCACUGAAAACAGAAGAUCCAAGUUCUAGCUCAAGCAACCAGGCAGAGUUAAUUCAACUUUCAUCCACCUUUUUGUACUUUCAAGCACUCAAUGGAUUGGAUGUUACUCCUAACAUACCAAUUGAUUGUAACCUUAUCCAGAAACAUCCUCACGGCCACAUUCAUAAAUACUAUUUAACCAACUACCUGGUUAUCCUGGGGCCCAAUCAAGCUGACAUAUAAAAUUAUACAUUAAAUUUAACAAUACCUUUAGUAUUUUAGAAAGUAAAAUAAAAUAUAAAUUAAAUGAUUAAAGCAUAUAGUAUCCAUAAUAUUGUUAGGAAGAAUAUAUUUGUUCACAUUUUAUGAUAAAACUGAAUGAAAUGUGAGACAUUGCCAAAGCACACCGAAUCUGUGGCAAAUUUACAUAAAACUGUCUUCAUCAAGCUACUUCCUGGGUAUGAGGGAAUAAAUUAAGUUUAAGAAAUGCCUGCUGUCUGCAUUCCUGAUGCCAAAAUGCUCUAUUCAAAUCAAUAACUGAAAUGGAAACUAGACUUUGCUCUUAAAUAUUAUGCAUAAUUUUUAUAGUUGAACCAGAGAAGAUGGGCUUCUUCAUUUCAUAAUUUUCAAAGUUAAAAACACUUUGAAUAGACUAUAGUUUAAUAUCUGAUCUUAACUGAAGAACAUGAGGUAGGUGACUUUGGAGCUUUGAUUUUUCCCAUCUGUCUAGGGAAGUUGAAUGUGACCACUGGUAAGAAGGUACUGCUUAAUUUUACCACAUGGAGGUAUAUCAGUUGUUGUAACAUUUGACUCUCCAUGUCUCUUCAUCUCCUCUGCCAUAGCGGAGGAGUAGUUUAAUCAUCUAAGUGGUAAAAUUGGAAGUAGAAUUUGGACUUGAAUAGCUCAACUUCUCUCUCUCACGUCUCUUUGGAUCUACUAUCCCAAAACAAUCUGGUUUGCUUUUGGACUAUGUUAAGUUUAGCAGAAAUUGAUAUCUGGCUACAUAAUUUAAAGGCACAGAUGUAAUUAAAAGAAGAACCAGAAACAAACAAAAAUAUAUAUAUAUAAGUAUAUUUUCAAAAGUUAGAAAGAUGAAAUACUGUGAGGAAAAACAAUAUAAAUAAGCUAAAUGUCUCUUCCUUCAUGUUGGAGCCAACAGUUACUUCUUAAAAUUAGCAAAUCAAGAAAUGAAAGGUAAAAAGGCAAUUGGAAUUAAAGAUGGAAUAAGUAGAAUUUAAACAGAAACAGUGAGUUAUUUUUGAUAAGUAGGACUUGAGUACAAGAUCAGGGAGAAAUAUUGGAAGUGUUAUUUCCAAGUAUAUGUAUUAUGUUGUCUUAAGAACAGCAAUAAUAAUUUAGCAUAAAAAUAAGGCUGCAAAUAUUCAGGACCAACAAUGUUCAUCCUUGUGGGAAGAGUCCAGUUAUAAGAGAAAGAUGUAAGUACCAGUUGAAUUCAGCAUCAGAUGUUGGAUAUUAUUCAGGAGAUUAACUAGUAUACAGGAUCUCUCUUAUGGUAUAGUUUUAGUACUCUAGUACAGUAUUCAAAAUGUAUAGUAUGCAGACUCCUGGCAGAUCUGAGUGCCCUUCAGGAUAUCUGUAAAGUCAAAACUAUUUUCAAAAUAAUACUAAUUGAUUAUUGUACUGAUAUUUUCAUUGUGCUGAUAUUUUCAUUGGUGGUACAACAGUAAUAAUAGUUUAAAAACAUUCAAUGCUUAAACAUAAGUAAAGGCAGUGGUAUCAUCUAUACUAAUAUUAUUAUAUUCUUAUCAUCACAUUAAUCUUUUUAAAAAGUUAGAGUCACUUGAAAUUGUCCUUGACAUUUAGCCAUAAAGAAGUCUGGAGUUAUAUCAUUUUGCUUGAAAAUGGAUGGAACCGGAGAACAUCAUGUUAAUCUGAAUAAGCCAAAAUUAGAAAGACAAGUGCUAAAUUUUCUCUCAUAUGUGGAAACUAGAGGAAAAAAAUGAGAUAAGUGGGAUUUUCAUGAAAGUAGAAAGGAGAUCAUUAGCGUAGGGAAAGGUGAUCAGUGGGAAGGAGGAAGGGAGAGUUGGGAGAGGUAUUGGAGAGUGAAAUUGCUGUUAUAUGCAUGUAUGGAUG